CAAUUGCUCUCAGCAUUCAGCAUACUCAACGACCCACGAGUCCCUGCUUGACCUACGCUCCACCAUGACUUCGUUCGACGCAUACACUGACAAGGCCGCAAAGGCGCUGGCAGACAGCUUCGAGCUCGCCAAAGGCUACGCACACUCACAGCUCACGCCCGUACACCUCGCAGUCUCACUCAUCGACCCGCCGCCCGACGACAAGGAAAAGGCUGGCCUGACCCAGCCCUCAGUGCCCUUCUUCCGACAAGUCAUUGACCGCGCAAAUGGCGACCCGCAGCAGCUCGAACGAUCCCUCAAGAAAGCCCUCGUCCGGCUACCCAGCCAGGAUCCGCCACCCGACCGGACCUCGCCUUCACCAGCCAUGGCCAAGGUAUUGAGGGCGGCAGAAGAGCUCGCGCGGACACAGAAGGACAGUUACAUUGCCGUAGAGCACCUCAUCCAGUGCCUCUGCCAGGAUGCCUCAAUACAGAAGUGUCUAGCCGAGUCCAACGUACCCAACACCAAGCUCGUUGACCAGGCUAUCCAGGCCAUCCGCGGUACAAAGAGGGUCGACUCGAAGACGGCAGAUGCAGAGGAAGAGAACGAGAACCUCAAGAAGUUCACCAUCGACAUGACGGCAAUGGCACGGGAAGGCAAGAUCGACCCCGUCAUUGGUCGCGAGGAAGAAACCCGACGAGUCAUCCGCGUUCUGACGCGGCGAACCAAGAACAACCCCGUCCUCAUCGGAGAGCCCGGUGUCGGUAAGACUACCGUCGUCGAAGGGCUCGCCCGCCGCAUCGUCGACGCCGAUGUCCCCGCCAACCUCGCAGCCUGCAAGUUGCUCUCACUCGACGUCGGCGCCUUGGUCGCCGGCAGCAAAUACCGUGGAGAAUUCGAAGAGCGAAUGAAGGGUGUGUUGAAGGAGAUUGAAGAGUCCAGAGACAUGAUAGUACUGUUUGUGGACGAAAUCCAUCUUCUCAUGGGCGCUGGAUCCUCUGGAGAGGGCGGCAUGGACGCUGCUAACCUGCUCAAGCCCAUGCUGGCCCGUGGACAGCUUCACUGCAUCGGUGCCACUACUCUUGGCGAAUACAGAAAAUACAUCGAGAAGGAUCAAGCAUUCGAACGACGUUUCCAACAGGUUCUGGUCAAGGAGCCUAGCAUUCCCGAGACCAUCUCCAUCCUUCGUGGGCUGAAGGAACGCUACGAGACGCACCACGGUGUGACCAUCAUGGACGGCGCUAUCGUUUCUGCGGCUACUCUCGCUGCGCGCUACCUUACACAGCGACGCCUCCCCGACUCUGCGGUCGAUCUUAUUGAUGAAGCUGCCGCAGCAGUUCGUGUCACUCGGGAAUCACAGCCCGAAGCUCUUGACAACAUGGAGCGCCGCCUCCGCCAGCUCGAGAUCGAAAUCCACGCUUUGAACCGCGAGAAAGAUGAAGCCUCCCAGGCUCGACUCAAGGAGGCCAGGGCGGAAGCUGCGAACAUUGAAGAAGAGCUGAAGCCGCUCCGAGAGCUGUACGAACGUGAAAAGGGCCGCAGCAAGGAGAUUCAAGAAACCAAGAUCAAGCUCGAGAACCUUCACAACAAGGUCGCAGAAGCUGAGCGUAUCCGCGACAUGCAGACGGCUGCCGACUUGACUUACUACGCCAUUCCCGAUCUCAAGCAACGCAUCGCCGAACUUGAGGCUGAGAAAAAGAAGGCUGACCAGGAGAUGUGGGCUCACCAGGAGGAUGGAGGUCAGGCUCUUCUCAGCGAUUCCGUUGGACCCGACCAAAUUAAUGAGAUUGUCGCGCGCUGGACCGGUAUCCCGGUGACCAGACUCAAGACCACUGAAAAAGACAAGCUCCUGAAUAUGGAACGACACCUUGGUCACAUCGUCGUUGGACAAAAGGAAGCAGUUGGCGCCGUCUCUAACGCCAUCCGCCUGCAACGAUCCGGUCUCGCAAACCCGAACCAGCCGCCGAGCUUCCUCUUCUGUGGUCCUUCAGGUACGGGUAAGACGUUGCUCACCAAGGCCCUUGCCGAGUUCCUGUUCGACGACCCCAAAUCUAUGAUUCGGUUCGAUAUGUCAGAAUACCAGGAACGUCACUCGCUAAGCAGGAUGAUUGGUGCGCCCCCAGGAUACGUCGGUCACGAUGCCGGAGGUCAGCUUACUGAAGCACUUCGUCGUCGUCCAUUCUCCAUCCUCCUCUUCGACGAAGUCGAGAAGGCUGCUAAGGAAGUCCUCACCGUUCUCUUGCAGCUCAUGGAUGACGGCCGUAUCACCGACGGCCAAGGCAGGGUCGUAGAUGCAAAGAAUUGCAUUGUCGUCAUGACUUCCAACUUGGGUGCUGAAUACCUCUCCCGACCUAACGCACCUGAUGGUCGCAUCGAUCCCACUACCCGAGAAAUGGUCAUGGGCGCACUCCGCAGCUACUUCCUACCCGAGUUCCUUAACCGUAUUUCUUCCGUCGUUAUCUUUAACCGUCUUACCAAGAAGGAGAUCCGAAAGAUCGUCGACGUGCGCAUGAACGAAAUACAGAAGCGUCUCAUGGCGAACGGUCGCAAUGUGCACAUCGAGAUGACCAACGAAGUACGCGACUACCUUGGCUCAGCUGGGUAUUCACCCGCCUACGGAGCACGUCCCCUCGCUCGCCUAAUCGAGAAAGAGGUACUCAACCGCAUGGCCGUCAUGAUUCUACGCGGCAGCAUCAAGGACGGCGAAGCAGCUCGCGUAGUGCUCGAGGAUGGACACAUCCACGUGCUCCCGAAUCACACCGACAGUGAGGAAGAUUCCGAGAUGUACGACGAAUCCGAUGCCGUCGCAGAGCUCGAAGACGAGGCAGACGGAGGUAUGGAUCUCUACGAGUAAAUCUCUUCUUCUGAGGAAGUGGACUUUUGCUAAGAGGUUUAUAGGUAAUGGCUGGAUGAAUUUGGACGAGGAUGAC